UGGAGAAGGUACUAGAGGCAUACUCGUCUGUUGAUCUUCUUGAUACCGAGCAAGCUGAAGUUACUUCUGUUGUAAGAGGAACGAACUACAUAGUCUUGUUAGUCAUAUAGUAUAAUGAAUGUUGAGAGUAGAACUGCUGCAGAGAGAUGUAGCUUCUCGUCACAUUGAUCAAGAGAUGUGUGUUGAUGAUAGUGUUAAUGCUUGUAGAUAAAGAUGUUGACCGUCUAGGAGAAGGUCCUCUAGCUAACGCUGAGCAACAACCACUCUCGACCAUCCUCCUGGAACAUCACAGGUACUGAAAGUUGAAAUGAUCCCAUGCUCCCUGUAUAUUAUGGUUGGAUAUUCGCUCUCACUUUGUUCCUCAAACUAGCUCCGCUCGACCCGUCGCCGUCUCUACUUGUUUUGAACUUUCUUUCUUGUAGUUUUGGUAAGUAAUCAGUUGUCGUGAUCGAAAUAUAAUUUACUACUAAGUUCUUAAGGAUCUAAGAAAGAUUGAUUAAUCCACUAUCGUCGAGAAAAACUGCAUUACUACUGCAUUGCAAAUUUAGCCGGACUACCAAGAAACUGAAGAUGUAGUGUAUUAAGAUAAUUGAGUUCUUAUGCUCAGUUAGAGUUCAUCUUGAACUAUAUUCGUUCAUUUCUUCCAAGAAGGAUCUCGAUUUCGGCGAGGAUAAGCACUUCUAACUCAAAAAAGGCAUACAUUUGUUUUUUAAAAAACUCUGCGCACCUUCACCUUCUUGAUCAUCCUCUCGCUCAAAAAUCGUCAUUGUUCUCCUUUCGCAUGUUUUUAACCACGAUCUCCAACUACAAUGGCGCCUCGUCUUUUUCUUGAUCUGCCGACACUCGUGCUUGGCGAUGGUUCUGUCAAGGAGCAUGGAAAUCUUCAUGAAAGGAGUUUCCAUAAGCUAUGGGCCAAGGAUCACAAGUUACAGCAUGUCUUGCAGCAAUGCAAGCACGCUCUGGUGAAAAUCGUGGAACUGAUGCCCACAGACGGACCCAGCCUGGCAAAGGAUCAUAAGGUACUAUUGUUUCGUUAUGCAGGUAGUACCUGAUGCUGAAGUUGCCUGCUAUCCUCGUGGACCAUCUUCUAGUGUGCAUGUUGUGGCUCUCAAAUAAAGCUAGACCUUUCAUCUUUCUUGUCGACGAUUUUUUCACUUUCUGCAUGUCCUUGACCUUGUGGUCGUGCACCUGCGCCUUUGAAGGUCCUGAUGGUGGAAUCUUGCAGAUACAACCGCCAGCAUCACAUACUUUAUAUUAAUAUUUAUAUAUAUAUGUUCCAGGGCUCAGGGCUGAAGGCCCCCGCGCCGAUCUAACUUUUUGAGGGGGGCGGCCUCCCAGCCCCGGGCCCUCUUUUCGAGGGGCUGCCGUGCGGGAAGGCCUCAAAGGGCCCACUUCUGACACCUUCCCGCUUCUUGCCUGUACCCUAGAGCGGCGCCAAACCGGAGGACGUUGAAGCUGGCAAAGGAGGCAAGGCAGGGCCCCGCUGGCUUGUGGCGUGUACCCUACAGACCUGGCAAAGGUGGCAAGGGUGGACUCCUCUGGCGUGUUGCAUGUGCCCAACCCUACAGACCGGGCAAAGGUGGCAAGGCUGGGCCCCCUCUGGCGUGGUCCACCACAGAUCCACCCACAGGGGGGGCCUCCCUCCCUGGUACAUAUAUAGACACAACAGAUCGCCUCAUCUAGCUCAUUUCUAAAACCUUUUUAUUUUUUGAUAUAGUACAGGUCGCCAUGCGAAUACACCCAUACCAAAUCGGGACCUCUGAGGAGCGACUGCGUAUGUGGCACGAGGGCAUGCUUUUGAAUUUGUUGUCUGCGGCUGAGGAUAUUUGGGAGGGUGAGAAAUGUCUGGUGCACAUGUUGCAGGAGCGCGUGCAGGUAGCGAUGCAGCUGGUAAUGGAGGAACAAAAUUUGUGGGCAGUUGGGCAGGAGGAAAGACGGGUGUUUCGUUCAUGUGCCGAGUUUUGCGGAGUGCAAGUGUGGCACCCCGAAGACUACUGGAAACAAGGGAACGCAGAGAAGUACUGGGCCGGGGCGCGCAGUCUGUUCGACAACAUGCAUGCGAUGCCAAUUGAGGAGAUGGACCAUCUUCGGAAUGACUACAGCAAGCUGGGGGAAGCGGCGGAUGCUGCGGACAGAGAGGUCAUGGCGGGUGGGAAGUACGGGGAGUUGUCGACACCCGAACUGCUCGCGAGCGAGCUGAUCGCACCACCGAGCAAGCGGCCCAGUGCAAAGCUUGGAAGAGGAACCAGCCAAACUUACUACUCGCGUUUGGACCCGCAUAUCGAAAGGUCCGGGGAGAGUUUUUCGGAACAUCUGAGGCGGCGCAAACCGGAAAUGGGUGGUGCAAACCAGGCAGUGCUCAACGAAGGUCGAAGAAACAUGCUCACGAGCGACCGAGAACUGGCGGACCUAAAAUUGCGUUCGAAGUUUGGACACAAAAUCGCGCCCCCGGACGCUCUCGACCUCGAUUUCUUGCGCAACGUCCGCCGUGGCGCUGAGCGACACUGCGCGCAACUAAUUUCAGAAACGGACGUCCUGAAAAAAGAAUUCAUAGAGAGAGAAGUGGAUUUUGCGCCGAAACGGGCAGAAAUGCUACACCGCAUCUACGAACUGGAUACAAGGUUCCAACUUCUGUCGAAAGGCGAAGCUGAGAAGCUACGCUUCGAGCUGAGCCUACUCCAUAAGCAGCGAAAGCUGCUGGAUUUGAUGAACAGCGUCUGCGAUGAGAUGCGAGCCCUGCGCAUAGACUACUACGCAAGGAUGGAACUAACGCAAAAGGAAGCCGAAUUGCACUACAUGCUGGAGGAGAAACUUUCCGGAACUAAGGCUCCAUCAAGCGGGCCAGGCGGCUUAACUGCGCAGCCUUUUCGGCAGGCGGUUAUCACUGCGGAAGCCCGCGUUGCGGCGCACGAGGCCUUGCGGAACGCGUUUCGUGUGGACAUCGAGGACAAGGCCGACUACGCCGACCGCUCACUCGCCAAGGCGCGGAAAUGGAGUUACAGCUCGGAUGAGGCUACGUUCAGAGAGACAUUACGAAAACUGCACGAGAUGCAGCGUAUCGACGUUUUACGGCUCCUCGAGCAACCGCUGCCACACGGUGAUCAGGCAAGAACGCACGCAGAGCUGGAUCUCCUCAACUAUGCGUUGGUGCAGAUGGAAACCGACGUGCCGGCUUCGGCAAUCGCGGUCGAAGGAGGCCGUCUGUCUUUCUUACACGAGCUUGUGCGGAAGCGCGUCAAGCUACUGCGCGACGUCGCUAUCGACGCAGAUUACUCAGCCAAAGAGGUUGAAGAGGCCAAAGACAGCAUCCGCAAGGCACUCGAGCUGCAUCAACUCCACCACUAGAAGAACAACAUCGUGCUCGCGGCGUAUCAAAUAAGAUGGAUUGGAUUUACCUAUAGUAUAAUACUAUAGUAUACGAACCUUUCUAACGUGAACCUGUCACGAAAGUACUUAUCAUCUUGUCCUUGUUGAACUCUUCAUCUUCAAUUUGAUUCCUAUCCAUUGGGUUGUUCUUUUCUUUGGAAAAAAGUAAAAGAAACGAUUUGUUGAAAA